AUGAUUGAAAAGAUAGAUCCCAGUCAAAAUAUAAUCAAGAAUUCAGAUAUAAAACAUUCAAGGGUUUGGACUACUUUGAUUACAAAUACUAAAUAUUUAACUGGGUUAUUAACAUUAAAUUACUCUUUACAAAAAACUGGUUCAAAAUAUCCAUUAGUUGCAUUAUACACCGAAGGGUUAAAUGAAGAAGGUCAUAGAGUUUUAGAUGAUCGAGGAAUUUUAAAAUUGAAAAUUGAAUACUUAUUACCAACAAAGAACAAAGAUUAUUCUCAAGAUCCAAGAUUUUAUGAUUGUUGGUCCAAGUUACAACCAUUUUCUUUGGUUCAAUUUGAUAAAAUUGUUCAAUUAGAUUCUGAUAUGAUUGUAUUACAAAAUAUGGAUGAAUUAUUUGAAUUGGAUUUGAAUUCAACAACUAGAUGCUUUGCUGCAAGUCAUGCAUGUGUUUGUAAUCCUUAUAAAUAUAAUCAUUAUCCAAAGGAUUGGAUUAAAGAAAAUUGUGCAUUUACAAAUUAUAAUGAUAAAUUAAAUGAUCCAAAUGAUGAAGUGUUGGGACCAAAACCAAGUGAUGAACCUUUGGGAAUAUGUAAUGGUGGAUUACAAGUUGUUAAACCAAAUCAAGAAUUAUAUAACAAGAUAAUUAAGACUUUAGAUAAUGAUGAUUUAAUUUUAAAUUAUGAAUUUGCAGAUCAAUCAUUAUUAUCAGAUAUUUUUAAAUCAAAUUGGAUUGGGAUAUCAUAUAUUUAUAAUUAUUUGAAAACAUUAAAACAAGUUCAUCGGGAUCUUGAUUUUGGAAAAGUUAAGAAUAUUCAUUAUAUCUUGACACCAAAACCUUGGGAUAUUAAACCAGAGGAUAGAUUAAAAUUCAAUGAUGAGAGUGAUACUUUCAAGUAUUGGUGGGAUGUUAAUGAUGAACGGUUAUUAGAAGAGGAAAAACAAGGUAUUAAAGAUGGAUAUUGA